AAAUAAUGGUGUGCGAAUUGAAUUUUAUGACUUGUUUUUAUAGUUACUGCAGAACAAUACAUAUUUAUUUGCUGUGUUAGCUUUAAGAAAUAUUAAAUUACAAGUGCCUGCAAACUUGGUGCGACCAGUGUCUUAUAACAGCAAAAUGAGUGCAGAUAAAUUGAGUUUUAUGUUAGAAAGUGGUCUUGAUUUAAGGGAGGUUGUAACUACAGGAUCAAUUCUACAUAUCAACCAAGAAUUUGACGAUGACGAUUUAAAAGCGGAAGAAAACAACGAUGAUUUGACACCACAAGUUGAUGUUCUUGGCAAGCCAGUGCCAAAUUUUGCUACAUUCUCGGAAAAAUUGGAGGCCAUCAAAGAAACUGAAUAUGUCAAAAAGAAAAUAAUUAUUGAAGGAGGUGGUCUACCUCUACAUGAAGGUUGUACUGUGUCUAUUGCCUACUCUGGUUAUUGGGAAAACCAACAAGAGCCAUUUGACGUGGUUCCUUUAAAAAAACCAAUGGAAGUUGAUUUAAAUGACAAUGGUCUACUACCUGGCUUACAGUUUGCAUUAAAAACUAUGCUGGUUGGAGAAACAUCAGUUUUUUUAUGCUCAUACAAAGUAAUGUAUGGAGAGAUGGGAGUUCCGCCUAGAAUCAAACCUAAGGCAGACUGUGUAUUCUAUAUCAAACUAAUUAAAAGCACUUUAACUCCAAAACAAGGCAAGAUUAACUUCUCCGAAUCAAAUAUGUUUGAAAGGGUCAAUCAUGAAGUUAAAUUGUUAAUAGUCUCAGGAACUUCAUUAUUUAAAACAAAUAAUUACUAUGCAGCCAUUCAACUGUUUAAAAGGGCAGUCAAUAUGCUACAUCGUUGCCGACUUGCAGACGAGAAGGAAGAAGCAGUCCAAGAAAAAUUGCUAAAAAAGUUGUAUAUUAACCUGGUUGUAUGUUACAAUAAGGUCAAAAAACCUCUACUUGCAUGCACUGCCUGUAACGAAUUGAAUAGACUCGGCAGCUUAUGGAACAAUCCGAAAGUGCUGUUUCAAAAUGCCAAAUCUCUCAGAAUGAUUAAAAGUUAUGCCGAAGCACAGGUAAGACUUAAAAAGGCAAUGAAAUUGCAACCAGGAAAUGAUGAAAUGAAAGCAGAAUAUGCCUUGCUAAUGAAACAGUGGCAGGAUAGUGAGGAAGCCAGAAAAUGUAUUGAAGUUAUCCAACCGCCUGCAACAAUCACUGAUGAAUUUAAAAAAGAAGUAGAUGAUCUCAUUCGUAAUUUCAAAAGUAACGAUGAAGAAGAUACGCUAACAAUACCUUCAUGCUUCAAUUCAGAUGAGAUUGCUUAUUUCAAAGAAGUUUGCAUUAGAGAAAAUCUUUUUUUCAAUAAACGUCUUAGUACUGAAACCACCCAUCACGAAAAUGCUGAAACUAGUGAAGCAUGCUCAGAGUCAAGUGAUUAUGUGUUGCAAAAAUCAGAAACAAGAUAAUAUACCUUUUUUAUAUUUUGUUAGAUUAAGCAAAAGAACGACAAUUAUAUUAUUUUCUAUAUUUA